GACUUCUAAAUUUCGUUUGGUUUUCUUUCCUCUUUCAAUUUUCAAAGGUUAUUCAUAGGUAGAUUUACCUUAGAUACCUUCUCCCUUCUUCUAUAUGAGAAUCCAAGUCUCUUUAUCUCUCUAAAACCCUCUCCCUCUCUUUCUCUCUCUACCAUUUUUCUCAAUGGAGUCUCUCAAUUUCACUACCCUAAUCCCAUGCAAAUCAUCUUCCGGGAAUUUAGCGCGACCCAAAUGGGCUGCCAAUCAUCACGAUGUGAUUUCCCAAAUGGGGUUUGCUCCUUUGUGGAUUAAGAGAAGCAAAACAGAGGCCUUGAGGCUCAGAGCAACGUUUUCAAGUAAAGCUGGCUCGCAAGAUGGAGCUUCUGUCGUUGAAGAUCAGAAACAGAAGGAGGAAGAAAAGGGUGUCAGAUUUGGUGCUGAAAGAGAUUCUUCUGGCUCCGUUAUUGGUUUUAAUCUAUCACCUCCUAACGGUGAGGUUGCGAUUGACGAUGGAGAUGUAGGUUCUGAUAGAAUAGAAAUAGCAGAAGAUGUAAGUGGAAAAGAGAAGCCGAAAGCGAAAGCGAAAGUGACAAGGAGUAUUGUUUUUGUUACUGCCGAAGCAGCACCUUAUUCAAAGACAGGAGGGUUGGGAGAUGUUUGUGGUUCUCUGCCUGUUGUUCUAGCCGGACGAGGGCAUCGUGUUAUGGUUGUUUCGCCUAGAUAUCAAAAUGGUACUGCUGCGGACAAGAAAUUUUCGGGUGCCGUUGAUGUAGGCCAUACUACUGUCAUUUGCUUUGGAGGAGAGCAAGAGGUUGCUUUCUUCCAUGAGUAUCGGGAAGGUGUAGAUUGGGUAUUUGUAGACCACCCUUCAUUCCAUAGACCUGGAAAUCCAUAUGGAGAUAGUUUUGGUGCAUUUGGUGAUAAUCAGUUUCGGUUCACUUUACUUGCACAUGCAGCAUGUGAAGCACCCUUGGUGCUUCCAUUGGGAGGAUAUACCUAUGGCCAAAACUGUUUGUUCAUGGUGAAUGAUUGGCAUGCAGGCCUUGUCCCAUUGCUUUUGGCUGCAAAAUAUCGCCCACAUGGAGUUUAUACCGAUGCCCGAAGUGUUCUUGUUAUUCAUAACCUUGCACAUCAGGGAGUAGAAUCAGCAGUAACAUAUAAAAAUCUGGGACUGCCUGCGGAAUGGUACGGAGCGUUGGAGUGGGUGUUUCCGGAAUGGGCCAGGGCUCAUGCUCUUGAUAGAGGUGAGGCUGUGAAUAUUCUAAAGGGUGCUGUUGUAACAACUGAUCGGAUAUUGACAGUGAGUGAGGGUUAUGCAUGGGAAAUAACAACGGUCGAAGGUGGAUAUGGUCUGAAUGGUCUCAUAAGUAGUAGAAAGAGUGUUUUGAAUGGGAUCACUAAUGGUAUUGAUGUGGUUGAAUGGGAUCCAUCUACUGACAAACAUAUUGCUUCACAUUAUUCUGCUAAUGAUCUUUCUGGGAAGGUUGAAUGCAAGAUUGCGUUGCAGAAGGAAUUAGGUCUUCCAAUUAGGCCUGAUUGUCCAUUGAUCGGAUUUAUUGGGCGACUGGACUACCAGAAAGGUAUUGAUCUAAUUCAAUCAGGAAUACCGGAGCUCAUGAACGAGGAUGUGCAAUUUGUUAUGCUAGGUUCUGGGGAUGUACAAUGUCAAGAUUGGAUGAGAUUAGCAGAAGCAACCUAUAAAGACAAAUUUCGUGGUUGGGUUGGAUUUAACGUCCCAGUCUCUCAUAGAAUAACUGCAGGCUGUGACAUAUUGUUGAUGCCAUCAAGAUUUGAGCCGUGCGGGCUAAAUCAGUUAUAUGCAAUGAGAUAUGGAACUGUACCCGUAGUUCAUAGCACAGGAGGACUUAGAGAUACGGUGGUCAAUUUCAAUCCCUAUGCUCCUGGAGGCGGGGAGGGGACAGGGUGGACUUUUUCUCCACUAACGAAAGAGAGCAUGUUGGCGGCUCUAAGACUUGCAAUUCGAACUUACAAAGAGUACAAGCCUUCUUGGGAUGGAUUGGUGAAAAGAGGUAUGGAGAAGGACUUCACAUGGGAAAGUGCUGCAAUUCAAUAUGAGCAGGUUAUCGAAUGGGCAUUUAUUGAUCCACCAUAUGUUGCUUGAGGCCAAAACACAAUCGAGAAUAAUCUUCCAAAUUUUUUCUGGUUCACUCCUAUGUAUAGGGUAUCUGAGAUCAUACACAAAUGCUUUUGGCUUCGUUGUCAUGGUUGGUGUCUAUAUGAUAGGUAUACAGGAGUUUGAGCACCAUAGUUUUAUUCACUUAGUGAUGAUGCAGUCCUUUCACCAGGGUCAUCCAUGUCUUGAAGUUAAUAGUUUAGAUAGCGCGCUGUAUAAUCUUUACUUUCAUAUUAUAUAAAUGAUUUUUAGUUUCAACUAAAUAAUUGUAUCAUUGAAGAUACACUAAUAGUAAUGCAGUUGCACACAUAGCCAUCAAAUUGGUAUG